UGGCAUCAUUAUCCUCUGCCUCAGACGCUGUGGAGUUAACAACAACAACUGAGGAGACGUGAAGCCGCUGCCGUAAUAACAUGUUAUGAGAUCAAGACAUCACGGACACAUAACUGGUUUUGUAGAGAAUAUUUCUCUGAGCUGGUGCAGUUGUCACCUUCUGAACUCUGCUGACAACCUCAGCCAACGUGUCAGGUCCAGCGGUGUCAGCACAAGAGUGAAAGUAUCAAGUCACCUUUUCUACAGUCCUUCAUGUCACUAUUACCGAAUAUCACCAUCAGCAUCCAGGACAUUGAACAGUGUUGUGUUAUUUGGUUCAUCCCAGUACCAGAACCAUAAGAUAUUCUCAAUAAAUAUUUUAUGGCAGUGAAGUAAAAGUGAAUUAACACUUUAGUGAUGUCAUGAGAUACAACUGUAAAAGACAAGUAACCAAAAAAUACUUUACUCACAGUUUGUGCAACUGUAUUAUUUAUAUGUUUAUCCAUUUAUCUGUCAGUCUUAAUUCAUUCCCAGUUAACUCAGAUGAACAUUUUAAUUUAAAACAUUUGUUUAAUGAUUUCAUGAAAGGAGCAAAAAUUACAAGAUUCCACUCUGUUUAUGGCCAUAUUCCACUCACUCAUAGGUUAGCAGGUUGGUUUUCAUAUUCAUGUGUGUGUGUUGUAGAUGAAUGUUCAACAUUGGGUAGUGUAUAAGUUAUCAUAGGAAGCUUUUUCAUCAGGGAAAGUAUUUUAAGAACUUAAUUAAGGGGUUCAGUGAGGCCAAGUAUUUCAAAAGUACACUAAGAGGGCCACGUGAGAGACCACAAGUCCAAGAUGUUUUGGUAAAAGAAACAAUGAAUAUGGAAGGUAACACAGAAACCCCCCUUCAGCGUUUACAGUGUCAGGAAGAUUUUAAAAGAGACUGUCUUGGAAAGCAUGUGAGAAAUCACCCAUCAAAAACACCUUUUAACACUGAAGAGGAACUGUUUCAUUGUUCUGAAUGUAAUCGUUCUUUUAAAUGGAAAGGUAGGUUAGUACAACAUAUGAGAACUCACACAAGAGAGAAGUUCCAAUGUUCUGAAUGUAACAGUUCUUUUAUUCAGAAAGUGAGUUUAGUGCAACAUAUGAGGGUUCACACUGGAGAGAAGUUCCAAUGUUCAGAAUGUAACAGUUCUUUUAUUCAGAAAGUGAGUUUAAUACAACAUAUGAGGGUUCACACAGGAGAGAAGUUCCAGUGUUCAGAUUGUAUUAGUUCAUUUACUCGAAAAUCUGAUUUAGUACGACAUAUAAGGAUUCACACAGGAGAGAAGUUCCAGUGUUCAGAAUGUAACAGUUCCUUUACUCGAAACUCUGACUUAGUACGACAUAUGAGGAUUCACACUGGAGAGAAGUUCCAGUGUUUGUUAUGUAAUUGUUCAUAUAGUAAGAAAUUUAUUUUAGUAGAACAUAUGAGGAUUCACACAGGAGAGAAGUUCCAGUGUUCAGAAUGUAACAGUUCUUUUAUUCAGAAAGCGAGUUUAAUACAACAUAUGAGGGUUCACACAGGAAAGAUGUUCCAGUGUUCAGAAUGUAUUAGUUCAUUUACUCGAAAAUCUGAUUUAGUACGACAUAUAAGGGCUCACACAGGAGAGAAGUUCCAGUGUUCAGAAUGUAAUUGUUCAUAUAAUCAAAAAUUUAAAUUAAUACAACAUAUGAUCAUUCACACAGGCGAGAAUCCAUAUCAAUGUACAAAGUGUAAUCAAUCCUUCACACGGAAGAUCCAAAUGGUAAGCCACAUGAGAGUUCACACAGAAAAAUUUCUUUGUUGUGAUUGUAAAAAAUGUUUUCCCAGUAAAGCGAGUCUCACAAUGCACAGUAAAACUCAUCUGACUUCUUACAGUAAAGAUCAUGCAAAGGUUAAACCUCUUAAAUGCCACAAAAAAUGUGACAAUAAACAAAGGUUGAAAAAAUGUGGUGAGAAGUCAGGGAGCGGGACAACACUCACUCAGAGAGACCACCACCUUGGUGCUGUUGGGAGCCACCCAGCCAAAAACCAACCUGGUAAUGACCUGAACAGUCCAGAGCUGAGCCACAAUAAUUGUCAGGAACUGUUCACUUCCUGUCAUAGUAAAGAUGAGUAUAGCCUCUCUUACCAGUGUAAGACAAAGGCUGUGUGUAAACUUGCAGUGAGCGGAUCAACACAUUUCACAGACUGGUCAAGGGAAGGAGUGAAAGAGGAACCUGUUGAUAGUCAACCUUCUGCCUUAGGUAUAUCAGAAGAUUCACUUAAAUUGGAAAUGGUUCCUCCCUCAUCUAUAAAACUAGAGAACCUUAAGGAGGAAUUUGAUUUUGUUGAAGAAGAAUUCUGAAGCCUUAAUAACAUAGUGUAUGUAAUGCAAGCUUCUGUGUGUUUAUAUUAAUAAAUACAGUCGACCCUCGUUAAUUCGGACCCCUUUAAUCCGGAUUUCGGAUAAUUCGGUCAAAAUCUGAACGAACUUUUUUUUUUUUUUUAAAGAUUU